UGCCAUACAAAUACCAGAGGUAAAAUCUCAAAAGCUUGUUCAUUCCACAAAGUAAACGCCCGCAGUUCAGGUUAAAUCGCUCUCAAUAAAUAAAAGCAAAGCAAUGUCUGGUGAAAAUCCAUUUGCGCAAUUCGAGAAAUCCUUCAUUAAAGAUGGGACGGUGUACAAGUACUUUGAUCUGGCUUCCAUUGAUAGCAAAUAUGAUCAGCUGCCCUACUCGAUUCGUGUACUUUUGGAAUCUGCGGUUCGCAACUGCGACAACUUUCAUGUACUCGAGAAGGAUGUACAGAGCAUUUUGAGCUGGACGCCAGCUCUGAAGCAGGGCUCCAAUGAUGUGGAGGUGUCAUUCAAGCCAGCGCGUGUUAUUCUGCAGGACUUCACCGGCGUCCCUGCCGUUGUGGAUUUUGCGGCCAUGCGUGAUGCUGUCUUAGAUUUGGGUGGCGAUCCCGAGAAAAUAAAUCCCAUCUGCCCUGCCGACUUGGUCAUUGAUCACUCCGUGCAGGUUGACUUUGCCCGCGUCCCAGAUGCCUUGGCAAAGAACCAGAAUCUAGAGUUUGAACGAAACAAGGAACGUUUCACGUUUCUAAAGUGGGGUGCCCGUGCCUUCAAUAAUAUGCUGAUUGUGCCGCCUGGCUCGGGUAUUGUGCAUCAGGUAAACUUGGAGUACCUGGCCCGUGUGGUUUUUGAAAGUGAUUCUGGCGAUGGCAGCAAGAUUCUCUAUCCCGACAGCGUUGUCGGCACCGAUUCACAUACUACUAUGAUCAACGGCUUGGGUGUGCUGGGCUGGGGUGUGGGCGGUAUUGAGGCUGAGGCUGUGAUGUUGGGCCAAUCCAUUUCUAUGCUGUUGCCCGAAGUCAUUGGCUAUAAGCUGGUUGGUAAACUAAGUCCUCUAGCGACUUCCACGGAUUUGGUGCUCACCAUUACAAAGCAUUUGCGACAAUUGGGCGUGGUCGGAAAAUUUGUUGAGUUCUAUGGACCAGGUGUAGCAGAGCUAAGUAUUGCGGACCGUGCCACAAUCAGUAACAUGUGUCCCGAGUAUGGAGCUACCGUGGGCUAUUUCCCCAUCGACGAGAACACGCUCGGUUACAUGCGGCAAACAAAUCGAUCUGAGAAGAAAAUCGACACUAUUCGUGAGUAUCUGAAGGCCACGCAACAAUUGCGUAACUAUGCCGAGGAAGCUCAAGAUCCAAAGUUUACUCAGACCAUCACCCUGGAUCUUUCAACGGUAGUUACCUCUGUAUCAGGACCCAAACGUCCGCACGAUCGUGUUUCUGUUUCAAACAUGCCCGAAGACUUUAAGUCAUGCUUGUCCAGCCCUGUCGGCUUCAAGGGUUUUGCUAUUGCACCAGAAGCCCUUGCGGCCAGCGCCGAGUUCCAGUGGGACGAUGGAAAAACCUACAAACUCCAGCAUGGAUCCGUUGUCAUUGCUGCCAUAACGUCCUGUACGAACACCUCAAAUCCUUCUGUGAUGUUGGGUGCAGGUCUACUGGCCAAGAAAGCUGUCGAGAAAGGACUUAGCAUUUUGCCUUACAUCAAGACGUCACUGUCGCCUGGAUCAGGUGUAGUGACCUACUAUUUGAAAGAGUCUGGUGUUAUUCCUUAUUUGGAAAAGCUUGGCUUUGAUAUUGUGGGCUAUGGUUGCAUGACGUGCAUUGGAAACUCAGGUCCUCUGGAGGAGAACGUGGUAAACACCAUUGAGAAGAAUGGCUUAGUUUGUGCCGGCGUCUUAUCGGGCAACCGUAACUUUGAGGGUCGCAUUCAUCCCAACACGCGCGCCAAUUACUUGGCUAGCCCCUUGUUAGUGAUUGCGUAUGCCAUAGCCGGGCGCGUUGAUAUUGACUUCGAGAAGGAGCCGUUGGGCGUGGAUGGUAAUGGAAAGAACGUGUUCCUUCGCGAUAUUUGGCCAACGCGCACCGAAAUACAAGUAGUAGAGAACAAGCACGUUAUUCCAGCUAUGUUCCAGGAGGUUUAUAGUAAGAUCGAAGUGGGCUCAGAGGACUGGCAAACUCUAAAGGUGUCUGAUGGCAAGCUGUACCCGUGGAGUGCCGAAUCCACAUAUAUUAAGCGUCCGCCCUUCUUUGAGGGCAUGACGCGCACGCUGCCUAAGCUAAAGAGCAUUCAAAAGGCGCGCUGUUUGCUCUUCUUGGGUGACUCUGUGACCACUGAUCAUAUCUCGCCCGCUGGCUCCAUUGCCAGAAACUCGCCUGCGGCUCGCUUCCUGUCCGAACGCAAUUUAACUCCCCGUGAGUUUAAUUCGUAUGGCUCGCGUCGUGGUAAUGACGCCAUAAUGGCACGUGGCACAUUUGCCAACAUCCGUAUAGUGAAUAAACUGGUUCCAAAGACCGGUCCGCGCACACUGCAUAUACCCACCCAGGAGGAACUAGACAUUUUUGAUGCAGCAGAACGCUACCGUGAAGAAGGUACACCACUGGUGCUGGUCGUUGGCAAGGACUACGGCAGUGGCAGCUCUCGUGAUUGGGCCGCAAAAGGUCCAUUCUUAUUGGGUGUAAAGGCAGUGCUUGCGGAAUCUUACGAGCGCAUACAUCGUUCUAACCUGGUCGGCAUGGGCAUUAUUCCCCUGCAGUUCCUACCUGGCCAGAGUGCUGAGACUCUGAAGUUAAGCGGUCGGGAGGUCUACAACAUUGCUUUGCCCGAAAGCGGUAUAAAACCUGGGCAAAAGAUUCAAGUUGAAGCCGAUGGCACAGUGUUUGAGACUAUUUUGAGAUUUGAUACCGAGGUGGACAUCACUUACUACCAGAAUGGCGGCAUCCUCAACUACAUGAUUCGCAAGAUGCUUUCCUAAACCUUCCCUCUUUUAUUUUCUUAUUCCACUUGCAUUUUUAAUACUGUACAUUGUAGUCUCCUAAGUUUUCAAUAUGUGCUGGUGCUUACCCUGAUAAAUGGUCGAACCAAUAAAAAUUAAGCCAAAA